AUGGGCUAUGUCGGUUACACUCUCAUUGUGGCCUCAGUCGUCUGGGUCCUCGUUGCACAGCCGCCAUGGAUUCAUCCUUACCUGCCGCCAUUUCUCCUCACAUCUCGUCCACCACCCGCUUUGACGGGAGGUGACGCCUCGAAACGUAGGGCACCCGACAAUGACAAGCCAAGGAAUGCUGUAAAAGAGAGCAUCGAGGAGUCAGACCGGGCAGCCAUGCCCCCACCGCCGACAAUACCCAAAAUCACCAAUACGCCCGCCGUGGCUGCACCAGCUUUUGAGAUCUCGGCACCAGACACAGACGCCGAAGUCGAGCAAACGACACCAAAGGCCACGGCGACACCAAACUCAGUCGCCGUCCCUUCCUUCUCCCUGUCCGCCGACGAUGCCCCGGCACAACCUUCACUCUCGAUGCCGCCGCCAGCGGUUCCGAAACCCACCUUCUCGAUGCCACCACCACCGGCCCCCUCGCGCGCCAUCCCACCCCGCCUCAACCCCCUCUCAUCGUCCUCCUCCUUCCUCGGCGCCAACUCCCCCCAGCGCGCCCGCGGGCCGACCCCCAACCGCGGCCCCGGCCCCUCGUCCUCGCUCGCGCCCCCUCCGACACACUCCCAGGCGCCCCAGAAGCCCUCGCGCAAGGUCCUCCUGACGCCGGGCCACUCCCCGCUCGACUGGGCCCGCAUCUCCGGCCCGGCCUGCGACCUGCGCAACCUGCCCGCCAACACGCCCUACCUCAAGGUGACGCCGUCCAUGUUGAAGAAGCAGACGGGCCGCAAGGGCAAAGACGCGUGGAUGGCCCUCGGCGGGCGGGUCUACAACGUGACACCCUACGCCGCGUAUCACCCCGGCGGCGUGCCGGAGCUGAUGCGUGGAGCCGGCAGGGAGGCGACGAAGUUGUUUGGAGAAGUUCAUCCUUGGGUCAAUUACGAGACGAUGCUGUCGGCUUGUCUUGUGGGCGUGCUGGUGCCGGAAGAGGAGGCUGAGAAGGAGAGCGAGAUGGAUCAGAUGGACUAA